AUGCGCUGCGUUUUGUCUGUGUCUUUGGCGCUGGUAGUGUUCGGCUGGACAGUGGGCUUCCCUUUGUGGGGAAAGAGAACGGAGGCUGGCAUGCCACCCCUCAAGCUACACAAGGAGAUUCCUGUGGGCACCACUGCGGAUGUCAAAAUGGCAAUGACUCGGGCAAAGCGCUACGCUAUCAACCCCCUUGGCCAUAAAUGGGAACACUUCAACAUCACCUACAAGAUUGUCAAGUUCCCCAACACGCUGAAUAAAGAGGACACUCGUAAAGCCAUCAGUAUUGCCUUCACUAAAUGGAGUGACGUGUCACCUCUCACAUUCGCUGAGAUCACCAGCCCCAAUAAGAGUGCGGACAUCGUUAUUGGUUUCUACACGUUCAAUCACACAGACUGCUGGUGGUCUCCGCUGCACCCGUGUUUUGAUGGGCUGAACGGGGAGCUGGCCCACGCUUUCCUGCCCCCCCGAGGGGAGAUCCACUUCGACAACCAUGAGUUCUGGAUUUUGGGCAAGUCACGCUUCAGCUGGAGACAAGGUGUGUGGUUGAAUGACCUGGUACAGGUGGCGGCCCAUGAGAUUGGCCACGCCCUGGGCCUGUGGCAUUCACGGGAUCCCCAAGCCCUGAUGCACCCCAAUGCCACCUACACAGGCCAGAGAAACAUCGGCCAAGACGACAUCUGGGGCAUCCAACGACUCUACGGCUGUCUGGACAAGCGGCGGGUGUGUGACCCCUGGGCUCGUUUGGGUUUCUGUGAGAGGAGGAAGAGCUUCAUGAAGAAGAACUGCCCCCAGCGCUGUGACCUGUGCUACGAACUCCUAGAUGAGGUUUCCACACCAACACCACCCCCUGCUAAUGUCAAGAUCAAGAUGGUCCCACGGGGAAAAGUUGUUGGCUUCCGAUGUGGGACAAAAAACACAAGGGUACCUCCCAAAGUCAGUUGGUAUAAAGACGGAGAACAACUGCUGACCUCCAUCCCGGGCUACAUUGUGAUAAAAGACCGCGAUCUGCGCCUUGUGGCCAACGAGUUUAAUGAAGGCACGUACACCUGUCGAAUCCACCGUCGCGGUAACGUGAUAUCCGCCAACUCCUGGGCUAUCCGACUGAAGCCUGAGCAGACCUCUAACAAUAGUUGA